UCCGGGUUAGAGUGUAUCUGCACUCAUAUGGCUCACAGACAGCAGUGGACUGUUGGAUCUUCAAUAUAGUUAUACUUUUCAAUUAAUCUAAUACUUUAUAUUUAAUACAGAGGUUAAACUCUGUGCAGCUGGACACCUGUUUUUGUUUCAUCACUGAUGAUGGAUGCCACAUCACAAACUGGAGUUCUUCAUCCCUACUGGCCACGGGACCUUCACAUCCCCACAUAUGUGGCCAAUGACCGAUCUAUGUCAGAGAUUCUGGUGUUCCUGUUCUCUGUGUCUGGGGUGUUUCUGCUCGUCACCUGGCUGAUCACCGGCCGCAGAGGGGCCAGCGGCAGGCUGGGGACGUGGAGGCGUCUGGCUGUGUGCUGGUUUGCUGUUUGUGGGUUCAUCCAUGGUGUCAUUGAGGGAUGGUUCUCACUGUAUUAUGAUGUUAUUCCAGGAGACCAGAGCUUCCUGUCACAGCUGUGGAAAGAGUACUCCAAAGGAGACAGUCGAUAUGUAAUAGCGGAUAACUUCACUGUGUGUAUGGAGACUGUGACUGCAUGGUUAUGGGGACCUUUCAGCUUUUGGGCUGUGUUUGCCUUCUUGACUAACAAGCCCUACAGAUUUGUUCUGCAGCUCAUCAUUUCAUUAGGUCAGCUGUACGGAGCAGUGCUUUACUUCUACACAGAGCACAGAGACGGUUACGCUCACAGUGAGCUGGGACAUCCAGUCUACUUCUGGUUCUACUUUGUGUUCAUGAACGUGCUGUGGAUCGUCAUACCGCUGGCACUCAUCAUGGAUGCAUGGAGGCAGCUGUCAGCAGCCCAGACGCACGCUGACAACACCAGGACACACAAGUCUAAGAGGAACUGACAACAGGAAGGACAGACUGUGGGACAGUAGGACAAUGAUUACACGAGAUAGGAGGGGAAAGACAACUACAUUACAACAGGGGACAAAAGAAAUUGAGUUUUCUGGAGUUACAUGCCUCAGCUAAGGUGUGGCAUGUUGUUGCAUUAUGUGCCUUUUACAUCUGAAUAUCCAAUAAUUGUCAGCAAGCUAAUAUUUUCAUUUUAAAGUGUAACUUGUUCCUUGUGUAUGUGACAAUAAAAGCUUUGUAUUUUAUUCAGGCUUUGUGGAGCCUCAGGGAGAGGAGCAAAUAAAUGAUCUGUUUUCUCAA